ACAGAAAAUAGAAGAAACUGAAAGUAAGAAGGAAGAAAGAAGGCGUAAUGGCGAAGUAAAUAAAGCUUGCGAUCAGCAGCAUUGUUGUGAAGAACGCUUAAAGUUUAAGCGUAUAUUUUGGUUAAUUAUUAUUUUCAACUGUUAGAAUUUUAACUCGGUGCUCAGGAACUGUUUUUAUCAAACCUAAUAUAAUCAUGUCUUCUGGACGUCCAAUUAAAUGUGUUGUCGUUGGAGAUGGCACUGUUGGUAAAACCUGCAUGUUGAUAUCAUACACCACUGAUAGUUUUCCUGGUGAAUAUGUUCCCACAGUAUUUGACAAUUACUCCGCCCCCAUGGUUGUAGAUGGUAUUCCUGUCAGUUUAGGGCUUUGGGAUACAGCAGGUCAAGAAGAUUAUGAUCGCCUACGUCCUCUAUCCUAUCCCCAGACUGACGUCUUCCUCAUCUGCUUUAGUGUAACAAGUCCUUCAUCUUUUGAAAACGUAACUUCAAAAUGGUAUCCCGAAAUAAAACAUCAUUGUCCAGAUGCUCCAAUGAUUCUUGUUGGUACCAAAAUUGAUUUAAGAGAUGACCGUGAAACACUUACUCUUCUCUCAGAGCAAGGUUUAUCGCCAAUUAAGCGAGAACAAGGUCAAAAGCUUGCUAAUAAAAUUCGAGCAGUUAAAUAUAUGGAAUGUUCUGCACUUACUCAGAGGGGUUUAAAACAGGUAUUUGAUGAGGCUGUGCGUGCUGUUCUUCGACCUGAACCACAGAAAAGAAGGCAGAGAAAGUGUAUUGUCAUGUAAGCUCUUCACAUACCAAAAGUGACAGAUUAUCUUGCAUCUCCAUCAAGGUAAAUAGGAAUUGUGCUUCAGGGUACAAUAGCUAAUCAGACACACCAUCCACAGCUUUGCUCAAGUGUCCAAUAUCUCAUACAUCACAGUUCCAAUAUACAUAUUUCACUUUAUUUAAAGAGAAUGAUUUCUUUUUUUUUUUUUAAACAAGAACUUGUACUGCAAACUUGCUUGAGGUUCAGAACACAUUCUAAUAAGUGCCAUUUUUUAAAAUAUUUUUUAUCUUAUGCUGUGACUUCUUGCUGUUUCUACUUUGUUGGAGAACCCAAGUGAAAUUUUUACUUAGCCGUGACAUUAUGUUGUGGUUUUAUAGUUUGUCAGCAACAAAUCUUUCUGGCUUUUCAAGGCUUCUUCAAAAUACAAAAAAUACAGCAGUGGGGAAAAACUCUGAAAAAUGGAAGUAGUUAAUCAAUUUCUACUGUGUUUGAGCUAAUCAGCUUCAUUUGGUAAUGUCCAUGAAAUUUGUAAUAAAAUUAGGUAUGUUGUUCAUAUCUAUACACAUUCUUGUUAGUCUAAAUUUUUAAAACUUUGGUGUAUCUUAUUCCACUGUGGAUUGCCAUGAGAAUAUGAAAUCUGUGAUCACACAGAUUUUUAAUCCCAAUAGUUAUUUCAAUGUACAAAAUAAAAAUAACUGGCUUUGAUGGGCACUCAUGUGCACUGUUCCAAUGUGCAAUGAAUCAAGUUUUUUAAUAAAUUCAACUUUCUUUCUUAUUUGAUUUAGAAAUAUGAAUAGAUGGAGCCUUUUACUAUCUUGCUUCUAUUCUAUUCUUGUUAAACUACAUGUGUGUCUUAUUAACAUGUAACUCGGACUUGAAAUUUUUCAAUUUAUUUUGAUAGUUUUCUCUUAAUUUAUAAAACCUCAUACUCAUUUUUGUACCCACUUACAAUUAUGUGUAGUACAUAUGUUUGUUUGUGUGUUUUCUUUAUCGACUGAUUUGCACAAUAUGUUUUCUCUAAUUUAUUUUCCUUUGUAUAUUUGACAUCUUUGUGUCCAUUAAUUUUAUUGACUCUAUCCUUCCUAUUGUGUUACAUAGUUUAAUUUGUUCCUUCCUAAUGUCCCAACAUAGCUGUUAUUCUUGUUGUUAAAAAAUUUUUGCUGAUCUUGUGACAGUUUCUACCUCCCAUUUGUAAAGCAGAGUGAGUUUAUAGUGGUUGGGUGUUGUUUGGAGCUGUCUAAUCCAAACAUCUCCUUCUGUUUGUGAGGUUGUUAGCUUUAGGCAAUGGUCCUAUUGGUUCGAUUGGAUGUAAAUUUUUUUAAUCACUGCCUCCACCAUCAUUGUUCAAUCUUGAUUGCGGAUGUCCCCUGCUUUAAAUCUGACAUUAUGUUUCUGUCACUAGAUGAUGAAUUAGCUACAUGACAUCUUUUUACACUGCUUUUUUGAUAAGUCUGAUGAUAUGUGAUCAUGUAUCCCCUUUUUUCCUUACUCAUUUUAUCUCUAUGAGUGUGUGUAUUUUCUUUUCCUGUUUAACUUAUUUGCACUCAUGUGUAUGGUUUUGCAGUGUGAACUUUUUUUUCUUCUGAAGUUAAUUUAUGUCAGUAGGCUUGAUGUUAAUGUAUUGGUAGCAUAUUCCAAUGCUUGUGAACCGCUAUCUCUCCCCUCCUAUGCAAUGGGGAAAGCAUGUGCAGUAAUAUGAAUGAACUUUAAAAUCUCUUCCACUCAGUUCCCACCUAGUCCCAAAAAACAUUUGGGGUGAAAUUGAUUGUGAGAGCAAGCUCAAUAUUGAUGGCAUACCUUUAAAUGCCCAAUGAUUCACUCAUUUCGGAUUUAAAUAAGUUCAGUUUUGCCUAAUCAUAAGGUUUUUGGUUAAAUAUCCCAUUCAUAUAUCAGUAAGAUAAGAUAACCAAUUUCAAAAUCAAUAUGCUACCAAUUUAUCCUAGCCACAGCAUUUAGAGGCCUCAAUAUGGUACACUUUUCACACUAGUGUUGUAUAUUUGUUUCAAUAAGUUUACAGCACCUGUGAACCACGUCAUUGGAGGUGCUAGUCAGAAACCAAAGUAGGCUGUAGUUGGUAAACUAGAGUGUUGCCUUGUUAUAACAUAAUCUAGUCAGUGUAUGCCUAUGUUUUGAUUUUUAGCACAUACACUUAUAUCCCAAAUGUAUUAAUUGUUUAGGUGUUACAUUCAGACAUGUCGUAGAGCAGAGACCAAACAGUACGCUUUGUAUUCUGGUUCUGAAUUUGUUCCUCAAGAUUACAUUGUUGAUACUUUUGAUUGUUCCUGUGCUCAACCACUUUUUAAAGAAUGGUGUAAGAGAUGAAGCUGCUUUCCCUCUGGCCUAGCAGGCCUAGGUCAGUGAAAAGGGCCAGAUUUAACUUUUUAUCCACAUUAGGUCAGUUAAAAGAGGAUCAGAACCAACUUUUAUUCACAUUCUUGGUAUUCCUCAAUGCUUUGUCAUAAUUAAACUCCAUGAAUUUUACAGUUUAUGGGCAACAUUUAUAACCCAUUGAGUGAUUCUAAAUUAAUAAUUUAUUGUGUGAAAUACUAACAAAUUGCAGACUUUUGUGAAUUUGUAUAUUUGACCAUUUUUUUUACAGACACUUUGACAUGUUUGUCUGUGAUCCACCUGCAGUUCUGCCUAGCAGUUAAUUUCAUAUAUUUUGGGUAUUUUACUAUUUUCAUGUUGAGUUUUCCAUCUUUCUUCCUUUUAUAUCAGUGUCAUGUUUUACUUUAGUAAUGUAACCUGUCAACCCUUGUGACCAGCAAGAUGAAUGUUUAUUUGUCAUUUGUAAUAUUACUACAUAUAUAUUAUCUAUAUAAACAAUAAAUUAAUACAUUUCAAUUUGA